AUGGAGUCUUCAUCAUCAAUGGUGCCUAUGCCUUCUGCUACUGCAAGGUCUUUGGAUGUGUUUAAAGGUUGGAAUGUUGGUGGUGGAUGGCCAGCGUCAAAAUCAUCUAAUGUUGAUCUUGAGUCUCCAACUUCUACACUCACUUAUAAUUCUUCUGAGCAGAUUAAUGUAAAUGCAUCAGCAUCAGCAGUUGUGGUGCCUCCAAUUAUGCAGCCUAUGAUUGAGCUUGUGGGGUCCUCAGGUUCAUCUGAGACCAAAGAAGAAGGUGAUCAUGAUCAAGAUUGGAAAUCCCACUUGUCUUUCACUUCAGGGCUUCAUGAUCACAUCACAAUGUCCCUGGAAGCAGGGGCAUGGACUGGUGAGGUUCAUGAUCAUCAUCAUGGAGGAGGAGGAGGAGUUAGUAGUAAUGUGGACAUGGUAGAUCAAGAAGGGUUCACUGAUCUUUUGCUUAACAACUCUGAUGAAGUACAGAGUUUGUCAGAUGGCGAGCGCGGCAGCCGCGGAGACUCUGAUAAUGGUGGUGGCAGUGCAAGUGGAAGCGGUAGUGACUACUAUGAGGAUAAUAAGAAUUACUGGAAUAGUAUUCUCAAUUUGGUGAAUUCUUCUCCAUCUGACUCUCCAAUGUUCUAA